AUGGUUGCUGAACUUGGCCAAUAUGUUCAUGCAAUUGGGACAGAUUCCAAAAAUUCAAUGGAACCCCAAAGUAUCAAAGCAAUUGACAUUGAACCUACAAAGGGACAACGUACUGGGCACCAAGUGAUCAACCUUAAUACUAAGAAGAUGAUUUCCCGACCCAGGGUUGUUGUACUACCCGUUACCGACCAAGUAAUCCAGCGUGUUGAAGCUUGGGCUACUGCAAAAGGUGUUACUUCCAUGAAGUUCUUUGAGAUUUGGAGACAUUUCAAGAUGGCGAUCAAAUUGCAGGAAGAAGAGCUCUUGGCAGAUGCAGACAAUGAUGUCAAUGAUAUGCCAGAACUCACUUUCAGAUUCCAAGGAGAUGAUGACUAUGAAUCAGAUGACGACGAUUUGGGUGAUGAAGGCAAUGAAGAGGAAGAACCUAUUGUGGCCGAUUUGGAGGAACCAAUGAUAUUGGGAGCCACAUUACUGAUCUGGAAGACCUACAAGAACCGCCAGAAGAAGAGAUUGCAUUUGAGCCUGAAUUGCCUCAAGUAG